AUGCAACGACGAGCGCGCCAGACGGUAUACUGGCCUGGACUCGAGGGGGACCUGCAGUAUCGACGCUCCUUGUGCGAAGAAUGCGACGUUCACGCACCAUCCCAGGCCGCGGAGGAAUUCAUCAUCACACCACCCCCUGAGUACCCCUUCCAGAUGAUGGUAGCAGAUAUGUUCCAGCACGACGGACACAUGUACAUGGCCUACGCAGAUAGGCUCACAGGCUGGCUGGAGCUGGCCCACUUCCCCCACGGUACCUCCUCCUCUCACAUCAAGACCCAGCUACAUCGCUACUUCGCCAGGUGGGGGGCCCCGGAGCAAAUCUCCACGGACGGGGGCACUAAUCUGGCAAGCGAGGAAAUGGAGGGGGAAUUUUUCAAGUUGUGGGGCGUGUCCGUGCGACUAUCAUCUGCCCAGUACCCGGAGUCCAACGGCAGGGCAGAGGCCGCGGUCAAUGUUGGAAGCGGAUAA